CACAAUGAACAUUCAGUGAUAUUGGAACCAAGCAACAGCGUAGAUAUGUCGCUAGACGUUCAUCUUGACGAACCAGAUGACUUCAACUCUAUUGAACUUCACAAUUCCUUAGAAACUAUAGCACUCGCUAAAGGCAUACAAGAUUUUGAAUACAACGUUGAUUGUAUAAGUGGGAAACGAGCUAAUUACAUAGCAAACGUGUUUCGUGUCGAAAUCAGUGAAAGAGAUAGUAAAGAACAUAAUUACAGUGUUAUAAUAAAAACUUUAGUGAACACAGAAAGGCAAGUAUUGUACCACAAGUUACACGAAAGAGAAGUUCUAGCUUACAACAAAGUCAUAAGCAAGUUUAAAGAUAUACAGAAUGUUUUAUACGAACAUGAAAGAUUGGAACUCACAGAAUGUUUACAUUCAAACACAGAAAACUCAAGGGAAAUAAUUAUUUUGGAAGAUUUAACAACAAAAGGAUACGACGUUGAUGGAAAAUUGGCGAAAUAUGAAAAUCUUGGAAUCAAAGAAAUAAGUACAGUAUUCGCAGAAUUGGCAAAAUUCCACACUUUAUCGUUUGUAUUUCAAUUUAAAGACCCAGUGGUAUUCAAGGAAAUCAAUACCGAGUUCCACGAUCUAUUAUAUCAGAAUCAUUUUCUGAAUAAAACGAAAUUGAGAGACUAUUUCUUUGAGUCAUUCGAAAUGUCUCUCAAACUUGUGACCGAUGAAGAUGCAAGGGAAAAAUUGGAGACUGUGAAAAGUAAACUUUUACAACUUCUACAAAUGUAUGUGAAACCAAGUAAAACGAAUGUUUUUUGUCAUGGAGACUGCUGGGUCAAUAAUAUGCUGUUUAAGCAUGAGGCUGGAAAAGUAUGCUUCAUAGACUUCCAAGCGAUGCGAUACGCCAACCCAGUCACUGACAUCAUGUACUUUCUAUUCAUUAGCACCGACUCCGAAUUCAGAUCUGAACAUUUUGAUCUCCUUACAACGAUAUACUAUGACAAUCUAAAAGUGUUCUUAAACAAAUUCGACGUUAAGGCUGACGAUGUUUAUAAAAGGGAAGAUUUUAAUGCAGAUAUUGAAGAAUUUAAACCUUAUGGACUGUUGAUUGCUAUGGUUGAACUUAGAAUUGUUACAAUGGCAGCUGAAGAUGAAUCGGUAUUCAAAGGGUCGAGAUUAGAUUUGAGUAUAGAGCCCACAGAUGCUCCUGAAGAUAAUGAAUUACAUAAGAUCAGGGUAAAUGAUGUUGUUAAAGAAGCAGUAGAUAAUGGAGUACUGGAUAAGCUAAUGGAGAUAGUAAAAAUAUGA